UUUUGUUUAUAUGAGAAACGUCAAGUUGGGUAAUUUUGCCGGUGUUUUUUUUGAAGUGACUGGAGUUUUUGCAACAGUUUUCGGAUGUUAUCAGUGCGAGUUUGUGCCGUUCAGUGGAUUUUAUUGAGAAAUUUAGCCGUUUCAGAAUUUUUGAGUAAGAUCGCCACCAUGUCCUCAUCCGCGUCGUCCGACUGCGUCCGCGAGCUCGACGGCGACCUGUUUGCCGCCCCGAAGGACCACUCGCUGGCCCACUGCGUCGCGUCGGACCUCAAGAUGGGCGCCGGAAUCGCCGUCCGCUUCAAGCAGCUGUUCAAGGGCGUGGACGAGCUGCGCGCCCAAAGCGUGGGUGUCGGUGGCGUGGCCGUGCUGAAAGACGGCGGCCGGUUCGUGUACUAUCUGAUCACGAAGGAGGGCAGCUACGACAAGCCCACGUACGGCGAUCUUACGCGGUCGCUGGAGGCCAUGCGGAAGCACAUGCUGGAGCAUGGUGCUAAAAAGCUGGCGAUUCCUCGGAUUGGCUGUGGCAUCGAUGGGUUGGAGUGGCCCAAGGUAAAGGGCAUAUUGAACACAACUUUCGGGACAGGGGAUGGUUUCGAGGUCGUCGUGUAUAACUUCGUUCCGAAGAAGUAAAAUGGGAGUUUUGUUUAGGCGACACCAGGUAGUGGUCAUGUUCCUUAGUAGGGUAAGGUUUUGAAUUGUGAAAUCUCAAAUAAAUGUUUAUUCAGGGCA